CUGCCUACAUAUUUUAGAGUGUCUGCACAUAAGCAAAGUCUUCUUGCAGUUAUUUUCGUCUUUCAGCUAAUUGAUUUAUUCGGAGUCGAACAGUUUGAACUGGUUUUAAAAAUUCUUGAGUCUAGAACUACUUUGAAAAAUGAUUGGAAAGUGGCAGAGAGAAGUCUGAAAUUGACUGAACGUCAAGCUGAAGUAGCUCAGUAUUGUCAGCAAGUCACAGUCAGCUCCAAAUUACAAUCUGAUUUGAGAAAAGGUGUACGAAAAGAGCAAAAAAGAGCGAAAAAGGAAAUUGAUCGAAUGUUGAAAGGUUUUAGUGAAAAAGACAAGAUAGAACUUGAGAUGGCACAGCAAGAAUUAAUGAAAAAAAAGUCACCUCACUUUUCAGUCGUGCUACAAGAGAGGUACCCGUUUGUAUUCGAUGCAAUGGUUUCUAACGGUGUAAGCAUCUUGGACGACACAAGGUAUUGUUUACCAGCUGGAUCUACCAGACGUUUAACGGAUACAUAUGAGGAGAUCGUUGUGCCAGGUUCAGAUCAGUCUUCAGUUGAACUCGUGAAGAACGUCUAUAUUAAGGACAUGGAUCCACUUGGACAAGUUGGUUUCGAAGGCUUUGAUAAGCUUAAUAACGUCCAGUCACUCGUUUUUGAACAAGCAUAUAAGACUCGCGAGAAUCUUUUAAUUUGUGCUCCUACUGGGGCAGGUAAGACAAAUAUUGCCAUGUUGUGUAUUCUGAAUGUUGUACACGGACAUAUGGUAAACAAUGAGAUUCAGAAAGACGAUUUCAAGAUAAUUUAUAUAGCUCCAAUGAAGGCGCUAGCAACCGAAAUGACUAAUGGUUUUGGAAUACGUUUGGAAAAACUUGGUUUGAAGGUUCGAGAACUUACAGGUGAUACAACUUUGUCACGAAGGCAGAUUGCAGAGACACAGAUGCUUGUUCUUACUCCGGAGAAGUGGGAUGCUGUAACGAGAAAACCAGACGAUGCUAUAACGAAAUUUGUUCGAUUGCUAAUUAUUGAUGAAGUGCAUCUUUUGCAAGAUGAACGUGGUCCGGUGAUCGAAACUAUUGUUGCUCGAACAUUACGCCAGGUUGAAAUGACCCAGCAAGGUGUCCGGAUAAUUGGUCUUUCAGCAACGCUUCCUAAUUAUGUAGAUGUUGCUAACUUCCUUCGAGUUAAUCCGUAUAAGGGGCUGUUCUUUUUUGACAGUAGAUUUCGACCUGUUCCAUUGACACAGACGUUAAAGUUUGCAAAUCUAAUGGACGACGUGUGUUACGAAAAGGCAUUAUCAUUUGUGCGGCAAGGUCAUCAAGUUUUAGUUUUUGUACACGCAAGGAAUGCGACUGAAAGGCUGGCUUUGUAUUUCAAGGAAAAAGCUGGACGAGAAGGCGACUCCAAUUGUUUUUUGCCUUCUGACCUAGGAUCUUCUCAGUACGUUGCAGCGAAAAAGAUGACGGAGAAAUUUCGGAACAAAAGAUUGUCGGAAUUAUUUCAAUCCGGCUAUGGUGCCCAUCACGCUGGGUUGAUCAGGCACGACAGGCUUCUAGUAGAAAAAUUGUUUGCUGCUGGACAUAUAAAAGUACUCUUUUGUACUGCAACUCUUGCGUGGGGUAUAAACCUUCCUGCAUAUGCGGUUAUUAUUCGAGGAACUGAUGUGUUUGAUGCACAAAAAGGGGUUUUCACCGAUAUUGGUGUGCUGGAUGUGCAGCAGAUUUUUGGUAGGGCUGGUCGACCUCAGUAUGAAAAGAAAGGGCACGGCCUAAUAUUAACCCUUCAUUCCAAGUUAAAUAAAUAUGUUAGUAUGCUGACAAGUCAAACUCCGAUCGAAAGUCAAUUUAUGAAAAGCCUGUUCAAUAAUCUUAAUGCCGAAAUUGCAUUAGGGACAGUUUCUAACAUCGCGGAAGGUGUAGAAUGGUUAAAAUACUCGUAUUUCUAUAUCAGAGCUAGACUCAACCCAUUAGUCUAUGGGAUUUCGCUUGAACAGCUUGAAAGGGAUCCGGAUUUAAGUCAAUAUUUAGAAGCAAAAAUAAAAGAGGCGGCGGAAAUGCUUGACUUCAACCAGAUGAUUCGUUUUGAUCCAGCGACUGGAUAUCUUCACGCAACAGAUUUGGGCCGUAUAGCUUCUCAUUACUACAUUAAGUACGAGACUAUUGAAACCUUUAAUUUUGGUGAGGGAAGGGCCAAGUUAUCUUCGAUGAUGACUGAUCAGGACAUCGUGUGUCUCCUUUCUCUGGCAUCUGAAUUUGCCCAAAUCAAAGUGCGAGACGAAGAGUUAGAAGAUUUGGACAAAUUAGUCGUUGACGGGUGUCCGUUAAGUCUCAAAAAAGAUCUUUUAGCUACUGUUUCUGGUAAAGUCAAUUGCCUCAUACAGGCAUUUAUAUCAAGGUGUAUAAUACGGAAUUUUGCCCUUGUUUCUGAAUUGUUGUACAUUGAACAGAACGCAAGCAGACUUUGCAGAGCUAUGUUUGAAAUUUCGCUCAGGAAAGGUUGGGCUCAUGCAUCGGGUGCUUGUCUCGACUUUGCAAAAUCUCUGGAGAGAAGAAUUUGGUCGUUCCAGACUCCUUUACGGUUUCUUCUAUUUUUUAAAUUUGUUUUUUUUUUCAAACAGAUUAUCAAGAAUCUUUACACCAUUAUUCAAAUUUCUGUAGCGGUGACUCCCGACUUUGUUUGGGAUGAUAAACUUCUUGGAGGUGGUUCACAGUCGUUUUGGAUAUUCGUCGAAGAUCUGAAUGAAAAUUUAAUUUUGCACUACGAGCGUCUCACUGUCAAUAAGAAAAAGGUGGUAAUGGGAGUGCCUCAGAACCUUAUAUUUACUGUACCGGUUCAUGAACAGCAACUCUCUCAUAAUUAUCAAGUUCGUGUUUCUAGUGAUUAUUAUGUAGUACCUGAUAAUGUGGUGCCAGUUUCUAUGCAUAACUGCGUCCUUCCAUUUGCCAAUUGUCCUCACACAGACUUGCUUGAUUUGGAUCCUCUUCCGGUAAAGGCUUUACACAAUAAGGCAUUCGAAUCAAUCUAUAAUUUUCCUUAUUUCAACGCUAUUCAAACUCAGGUGUUUCACUGUUUGUACCACACAGACCAGAAUGCGUUGAUUGGCGCACCAACUGGAUCUGGUAAGACUCUGUGCGCUGAACUUGCUAUAUUCAGAUUAAUAACAGAACAACCAAAAAAAAAGUGCGUUUAUAUUGCUCCCUUGAAAGCGCUUGUUAGAGAAAGAGUUAUUGACUGGAACAAAAAGUUUUCACAACUGUUGGGCAUGAAGUGCGUGGAGUUAACUGGCGAUCAUACGCCUGAUUUGCGAAGUUUGUCGGAAGCAAAAUUAGUUGUUACAACUCCUGAGAAAUGGGAUGGCAUCACGCGUAGUUGGGAAUCUCGCGCUUACGUCAGAGAAGUGGCCUUGGUAAUUAUUGACGAGAUACACCUGCUCGGUGUCGAACGUGGAGCAGUCUUGGAAGCGAUUAUAACGAGGAUUAAAUUAGUCUCUGCAAAACAGAAGAACAUAAACCCGCUUCGUGUUAUUGGCUUGUCCACCGCCCUUGCCAAUGCAGGGGAUGUUGCUGAGUGGUUGGAUAUUUCUGAGGCUGGCUUGUACAACUUUCGUCCCAGUGUACGUCCUGUACCUGUGGAGGUGCAUAUCGCGGGAUUUCCUGGUCAGUAUUACUGCCCUCGAAUGGCGCUCAUGAAUAAACCAGCUUUUAAAGCUAUUAAAACUUUUUCCCCCGAUAAACCUGUUCUGAUCUUUGUCGCAUCACGCCGUCAGACUCGUCUAACUGCUAUGGCAUUCGUGUCACAAUUAGUGGCGGAAGAGAACCCUCGACAGUGGCUUAAUGCAGACAUACAAGAGUUAGAGGAAAUCGCUCAGACUUUGAAAGACGAGAACUUGAAGCUAACCUUACCGUUUGGGAUCGGAAUGCACCAUGCAGGUUUACAACAACACGAAAGAAAUGUUGUGGAACAGUUAUUCCUUGAAAGAAAGAUACAAGUUUUAAUAACAACGGCAACCCUGGCUUGGGGGAUCAAUCUGCCAGCACAUUUAGUCAUUAUAAAGGGAACGGAGUUUUAUGAUGGCAAGACUCACAAAUAUGUCGAUUUUCCUGUAACUGACGUUCUUCAAAUGAUGGGUCGUGCUGGACGACCACAAUACGACAAUUCUGCUGUGGCAGUAAUUUACGUUCAGGAUAUCAAAAAGCCAUUUUACAAACGGUUUUUGUACGAACCGUUCCCAGUGGAGUCUAGUUUACUACCAGUUUUACCAAACCACAUCAAUGCUGAAAUUCAUGCAUGUACAGUAUCGACAAGAAAUCAAAUAAUGGAAUAUAUCGCUAACACGUAUCUUUACAGACGCUUAUUUGCUAAUCCAGGGUAUUAUGAAGUUCCUGAAGUCACAGAGGAAGCACUUACAUCUUUCCUUGUAAAUAUUGUUGACCAUUGCGUUGAAGAACUGCUUGCUUCGAAGUGCAUUACGUAUGAGGAGGUGGAACAAAUAUUAAAGUCGACACCACUAGGACACAUUGCUAGCAUAUAUUACUUGCGCCAUGAAACAGUCCGUUUCUUCUCUUACGCCGUCACCUCUAAUUCUUCUGUAUACGACAUGUUGAAGAUUUUGGCGGACAAUCCUGAAUACAGCGAAAUACCCGUUCGACACAACGAAGACCAAGUGAAUGCACAGUUACAGCGAUAUUUGCCAAUUAAGUUGCCACCGGAAUGCGAAAUGGACUCCCCGCACACGAAGGCUCAUUUGCUUUUUCAGGCGCAUCUUAGCCGUUUACCUGUCCCCACCGACUAUGUCACUGACUUACGCUCUGUACUUGAUCAAUGUGUUCGCAUAAUACAGGCAAUGUUAGACAUAUGUGUUAUAAAAAGGUGGUUGGCUGCUGCUAUAAAUGUAAUUACAGUGCUCCAAAUGAUAGUUCAGGCUCGUUGGUAUACCGAUGACCCUCUCUUGGUGCUCCCGCACUGCACUGAAACUUCUAUUGACGACAUUAUGUCAGUUUAUGGUGUUAACGCUUACUGUCCUCGGUUUUCAAAGGAAAAGGCUCCGGGAUGGUUCCUUUUAGUUGGAGAGAAAGAUACUGGGGAGGUCCUGGCUUUCCUCAAAACUCCACCAAUAACCGGUUCUAAAGUGUUUCGCUUGAAACUGGAAAUCCCCAAAAAAGCGUAA